CUCAGGAGGGUGAGCAGGACAGGUCGCAGAAAUCUCAAUACGCUAUUAUUUUAUGAGCCAUGCGUUUACGAAAUCCCUUUCUACAUUUUAUCGUAAUUAUGUUUUUCAUUUUAUUCAAAAUUCAUUUCCCUUUUCGAAGUUAAGUUGGCGCAAUUCAAAACAUAUCCCCAUAGAACACGCCGUAGUGAUUUCUGGGAUAGUUUGCAUGAUCACAACCGUAGCAGUGCAAAAUUCACUCAAAAUUUGUAUACCUCUUUGUUAGACAACCCGACCUAUCUUUUCACGAACAGCAUUUGUACUCCACUCAUUUUUCUGAAUAUGUGAUAAAAUCGGCCGUAAAUUGUCAACGUUAAUUAAAAGAAAGUUUCAAUUUUCCUUCCAAAGAUGGCAUAAGCAACCAGAAGCAUGUUGAUAAAGUGGAAAACAUUCACGCUAGUAGUCUGCUAUUGAACUGUGAAAAUACAAAAUUGAACUGUCGAAAGAACAAAACCAACGUUUAAGUAUUCAGUUUCAAUCAGUCAGAGUAAUGAAAAGCUGCGAAAUACUGGCGUGCUCGUUUUCCGAAUGGUAUCCACAUUUUAAAAAGGUGACAUUUCCCAGUCGUGUCAUUCCAUUGUCACAAGAGUUCGUUGAUUACUUGCUCGCCGAUAAUCUAGUGUUGCGUAGCGAUCAAGCGUUGUUCACAUACGAGAAAGGUAACGAAUCAUCCUCCAGCGAUUCCGAAGAUGACGAAGAAGGUUGGAUCAAGGCAGAAAGUGAAACACCUGCACUUGAGGCACCACAUUUUGAGGAUAUUGAUAAAAAGAUUGCAAAUGUAAUUGCUGAAUUUGGCGGCAAAGUCUUUGUUAAGUUAAACUGGAGCUCUCCAAAGGAUGCCUCUUGGAUUGCUUUAAAUAAUUCCCUCCAAUGCCACAUGCCAGCAGAUGUGCAUCUCCUUCUGAAAAGCUCGGAUUUUGUUCUUCAUGAUCUGACCCAACCAUUUAAGGAUUGUGAAGACCAUGUCAUUAAUUCAGAACCUGUCAAAUAUGAUCUUGUUCUCAGAAAGUGGAUUGAGAUCAACCCGGCAAAUGAAUUCCGUUGUUUCGUAAGAAAUAAGAUUUUAAUAGGUAUCUCUCAAAGAGACGAUUCUAUAUACUGUGCUCAUAUUGAAAUCGAAAAGGAGGACAUAGUACGUGACAUCAUGAGUUUCUUCAAUGAACAGAUAGGCCCCAAAUUCCCCCUCGACAAUUACGUGAUGGAUGUGGUUCGACAGCGGAAGGAUAAAAUCGUUUUAGUUGACAUCAAUCCUUAUGGAAUUACCACGGACGCUUUACUAUUCGACUGGAAUGAAAAUUUGUUGCAGACCAGCAAUAACUCAGAGGCUGCCACAUGUUCCUAUAGUGCGCCCGAUUUUCGUUUCAUCGCCGAAGAAUCUGGGAUCCGCACCAAUCCUCUCCGUCGUUAUUGCGUCCCUGAAGAUAUAGCUCAUUUGACUUCUGGUGAAGAUCCUUACAAACUGAUGGAUCUUCUGAAAUUGCGCUCUGGGCAAGCCGAUACCACCGAUAGUGAUUGAAAUUUCUGCGGGUAUGUAUGUGUUUACGUGGCUGCCGUGUCCUGGCGUAUACCGCAAUUAAAUUGUGGUUUUUGUAAAGGACAUACGAUUGAAUUUUUUGUUAAGAAUAUAUCCAUCACAUGUAAGUAAGGAGCAUGUUUGCAACAAGAUCUAAAUCAAGUAAAUUUGCUUUUCUUAAAAGUUAA